AUGGCGGCGAAGGGGGAUUCGGGGUUCUUCAUUCAGCCAAAAUCUUGUCAGGGUUUCAAGGACAUAACAGAACUGCAUUCCGUCUAUGGCGAGGACUCCACGCUCGGCGUGCCUCAGGAGUUCUUUUCACACAACGGUCGGGUUCUAGCAUCGAGCAACGGCUUGGUCUGUGGAAGAAAUUUGAACAACCGGCAACCGGAAUUGUUCAUCUGCAAUCCGGCCACUCAAACAUGGCUUUCCAUUCCUGUCCCGGAAAGCUUAAGAUCAUACACAGAUUGUGACCUAAAUAUCGUGUUCGAAUGCAACGAUAUUGCUCUGCCAUCCGAGUUCUCUCACGAUAGUUAUACGUUGAUGGCAAUGGACUUGGAGGCACCAGAAGAUUUUUCAAACUCCAAGUUCAAAAUCUAUUCAUAUAGAGAAGGGACGUGGAAAGAGAUGGGACAGAUGGUUACCGGGUUUAGAGAGAUGGAAUUUGACAUGCCAGUGUGCUACAACGGCACCAUCAACUACAUUUCAGAUUGUUCUCCUUAUUUAAAGAAGGGCAGUUCCUUUUACUGGCCUUAUGUAGUGUCAUAUGACAUCCAGAGUGGGAAAUCCAAGUUUUUAGCAAUACCAAAGAGUGCGAGGAAGGGUGUGCAUGACUGGAGCUGCAAACUUUGCAUCUUUAAAUGGAGAAGCGGGACGAACACUAGUAUUUGUUUGAUUCAAUUGCUUAAGGGAACAUUCUCUGCAUGGGUGUGGAGUGGUGAUUCUGAUACAAGCUCGUGGACUCGGAUUAUGAAAAUUAGAGUAGGAGCUAUGGGGAUGAUGGAAUCGGAUCUUACUGUUGCCGGAUUUACAGUAGUGAACGGAAGCUCUCUGCUCAUAGCGACGGCACAAAAGGUGUAUUCUUAUGAUUUAAGGGGAGAGAGGCAUCAGAGGGCUAAAGAAAUAUGUCAUCACGGAUGUAGGGAGAAUGUGCUUUUCCAGUCGUACUCUAAUACUCUUCGUCCUUGUGGGAAUAUUGGCGCCACCACAUUGUCAAUAUAA